AUGAAUUCGAGUCUCUUCGGCUUCUCCACGGGGCUGCAGCAGCAGCAGCAACAACAGCAGCAGCAACAGCAGCAGCAGCAGAACGCUGCAGCAGCCGCACAGGAGCUGCCUAUACACCAGAAGAACUACCUUGUCUCGCUGCAGUCCAGGCUGCAGCGGGUAGAGCAGCUGCUGAAGGAUGAGACGCCAGCAGCAUUAGGGUUUUCUUAUGAUCUCGAUAGCAGCAGCAGCAGCAACAACAACAACAACAACGCAGGCCUCACACGAGCGCAGCAGCAAAACCUGCAAAUGGAGCAGCAGGUGCAGCAGCUAGCAGCAGCAAACCCGCAGCAAGGUCAAGAACUUCUUUCUCGCUGGCAGAGAGCAGUCUACAGAAACCCUGACCGCCAGGCGGGGGUGGUGGUGCCUGUCGUGGGGCUGCAGGGUUUAGCAGCGCGCAUUUCAGGUGCAGGUGAGAGGAUGGAGACAAUUGUACAAGCAGCAGCAGCAACAGCAAGAGACACAGAGAAGCUUGCCGCCAAGUACAAGCAAAUGAAGGCAGCAGAGAAGUUUCAGUGGGCAGACUGGCAGCAGCGGAUAGACGGCUUGCGUGUGUGGCUGGCGAGUUUGCAGCAGCAGCAGCCGGAGAGCAGCAGCAAUAGCAACAGCAACAGCAGCAGCAGCGGCAGCAGCGAGGAGCAGCAGCCGGUGGUAGCGCCCGCUCUGCUGCGGCUGCUUACUGUUCAAGCGGAGACGGUGCAGCAGCUGCUGCAGUCGCUCGCAAACACAGAAGCACACGUCUCUCGACUCCAGGCUUCAGUUAUAGCUGCACGCACCAGGACAAAAUAA